AUGCCACACCCGAAGAAUUUCUACAAAACGGAUAGAUUAAGUCAACUACUGGAACGUAUCACAGUGAUUGAGAAUAGUCCCCUGAAUACGGUAAUACUGGAUUUGCGUUCCGCCCUAGUUCGUCAUGGUGAGGGUCAGCUACCUCCGAAUGCCACAGCUUAUGCAAGUCAACAAGAGGCAUUUUGGCCAUUUGUUUUGGAAGACUUCGUGAUUAAAUUGGGCCGGCCACUUGAUCGUGAGGCUAUCUGCCAACGUCAGAAGGCGGAUAUGAGGAGUAGUGAUGCUCAGACCGGUAUUCGUGAUCAUUUAUCUUAUGGUCGACCCAGUGAUAGUUGUUUACCUGAGGCAUGUUGCCAACUUUUACAUGUGAAUAUACUGCCCAGUCCAACUGCUUUGCCGAAAGCAUUCUAUAUUGAAGUAGCUGUUCAAGAUAUCAAUGAUAAUGCACCUCAAUUCCCCCCAAUUCACUCACCAUACACAAUGGUUCGUGAAGAUGUUGGAUUGGAUGAGAAGAUCUGGUUACCGCAGGCUGUGGAUCUGGAUAGUCCGCGGUAUUCUGUGAUUGAUUAUAGAACGGAAAAUUGGGUGCACGGGAACGCUUCGCAUUUCCAGCUGGGAAUCGCUGAGGAGAACGGACUCAGUGAUACCAUUUAUUUGGAGACGGAAAACCUACCCAUCACCCUCUCUAGUUCUAUGAUUCAAACCCGAAUGCCAUCAGUGGGUAGACCCUUUAUAAAACCAACCGGGCCUUUGGAUAGAGAAGCGUGUGAUACGUAUGCAUUCACUCUGAUUGCUGUUGACGGUGGAGAUCAAAUGAUAUCGGAGAAACAUACGGAAAAUCGUGUGCAAACUGGCACAGUGAAUGUUGUCAUCAAAAUCGCGGACAUUAAUGAUAAUAGACCAGUAUUUGAUAACACAUUUUACGAAGUAAAAGUAGUGGAAAAUAUUGUGACUUCUUCAGUCCUUGAGUUUGAGGUAACAGAUAAUGACACCGGUGAUAAUGGCCGAAUUGCAGUCAACAUUCACGAUCCUGCGGGUCAUGCUCAACGUCUGUUCCGGGUCGGAUUGCAUCCGAUCACAAAAUCAAGUACACAUUCCGCUCCUGCAGAUAUGUUUUCAUCCAAAGGUUCGUAUUAUAAAGGAUUUCUGCAACUGAUCAGUCAUAUUGAUGCUGAACGGUACCCUGCAACAUUGCGAUUCUCCUUGGUCGCCUCGGAUAUGGGGCAGCCCAGCUUGUCAUCACGUGCCAAUGUGCAAAUACACAUUAUCAAUGUGAAUGACAAUGCACCUCAGAUAGCAUUCUUUAGCCGCGGACGUCGCUUGGCAGAUAAUCGAAUAUCCCUUCCGGAAAUAGACACACCUCCAUUAUCAUUGGUCGUUUUAGUUCACGUGACCGACGCUGACUCUCCGGUUGCACAAAUUAGAUGUCGUAUUACACACGAAUCUGAAAUGUUCUCCUUGGAAGAAGCAACAGGCUCCGGGUAUUCAAACGUCCGUCAUGAGGCUUUAUAUGAACCAGUAAUAGAGCCAAGGGGUAUCGUGGCCAGCUACCGACAGUUUGCCCUGCGAACCAAAGCAGAGUUGGAUCGGGAAACUAAAAGUCACUAUACAGUUACCAUUGCAUGCACUGAUGAAGAAGGGAGUCAGUCGUUGUCACGCAACGCCAGUUUACAUGUCACUAUCACCGACGUAAAUGACCACAGCCCCGUGUUUGAUCGUAAAGUUUACUCUGGCCGAGUAGCUGAAAACAUGGCAUCUGCUGAAGUUUACUUAUCAAGUCCGAUGCGAGUUACCGAUGCGGAUCUGGGUGCUAAUGCUUUGCUCACAUUCUCUCUCUUAGAUGUACAAAACGGCACAGAAUCGAUAGAUCCAAGCCGAAACGAAAGUCUAUUCUUUCGCACAGACUCACGCUCCGGACGCAUUUGGACAGUAAUUCCCCUGGAUUGUGAGACGCGCAGCAAAUAUACACUCAUGCUUGUUGUGUGUGAUUCGGGAAGCCCAGUUGCACGUUCCAGUAGUGCUCUGAUUCAUGUCACCGUAGAAGAUUCAAACGAUAAUGCACCGGAGUUCAGUUCAGCGCAUUAUUUAUUUGAGAUUCCAGAGAAUUCUCCAGGCGGCACAGAAAUCGGUCGAGUAGAAGCUGUAGAUCAUGAUGUUACGGAGGUCAACCGGAAAUUGCAUUACAUUCUACGAGGGAGACCGGAAGACUUGCAUUUGAUCAGCAUUGAUCGAAAUACAGGUGUUCUGCGAACACGCAGACCAAUUGAUCGCGAGUCUCGUUCUUCGAUAUCUCUCUUGGUUACCGCUGAGAAUGAAGUUCCAAUUCGCCUGAUUACCACCCCAGAUUCCAGCUCGACAAACUCAGCUGCGCAAACCACACAUCGUUUAUCUGCCGAGGCAAGUUUAGUUGUCACUAUUCUGAACGUGAACGACAACCGACCAGAAUUCAUUUUGAUAGAACCACAUCGAUCACAUAUCACUUUCAUUUGGGAGCAACUUGGUGUGGUCCCUGAACCAAACGAGACAGCUCAAAACAGAAGUGACAUUGACAUUGCGAGAACAAGUGAAAGUUCUGUUUCCGAGGCAAAGUCCAUUGAGCAAACCUUGUCUAGUGAUCAAUCACGAGCGCGAAAACUAUUUGCUCAGAACCCCAGUCCAGUGUGUGAACGACUUCCCCAUCGCGUAACAGACAAGGAUAUGACACCGGAGAACAACUUUGAUUGUUGCAUUCUCGAACUACUGGAUGACCAUGAUGGUCUGUUUGCACUGAUGCCAGAAGCUCCGAAUGUUUUGUGCGCAAUGCGACGUCCACCACGUCCGAAAAGCUACAAACUGACUCUGAUCGCCAGAGACGGUUUGACAAACGAUAGUCUAAGUUCACAGGUAUGUGCUUAUUAA